AUGCGAGACCGCAUUCACGACAUGUCCAUCCUCCUACUCUGCCAGUUCUGCGUCUUUGUCAAAUUCCCACCUUUCAGCGCUGCAACAACACCUUCUCUGAACAUCGGCUCCCUGCCCCAACCCCCUGUAGCAGCAAUACCACCCUUGGACCUCAGCCGUAACCUCACACUGCCGCCGUCCCCAGCGGCCACAACACACCGCAACGCCUCCAACGACCCCUUACCCCCCAACUACCUCAUCCCCGACACCAACCCGCUCAUCAUCCUCCAAAUCAACCCCGGCCGCCACCACCCCAUCGACUUCCUAACCCUCACCUACAUAAUCGUGCACGGCCUCGACGCCCUCGUCCAAGACACCAUCCAGUCCCGCGGCGACGGCCCCAUACCGGACCAGGGCAUGGUGUUCAGCUCCAACGGCGCGACCGUCGCGGUCCGGAGCCACCGGCCCGGCGCGCGGGGUCUGACCCACGGAACGAUGGCGGCGCUGCUGCGGGGGGUGUGGGAGAUGGCGGCGCUCUUCGGGGCGUGUGAGCUGGAUGUGGCGGUGUACGUUGGCAGACAGGACGGGGCGCAUUAUCAGGGACAUCUGGCGGUGUAUUUGACGGUGGGGUCGGGAGAGACGGGGUGA